UUAGCAAAACAAAAAACACGCCGGUGACUAACGCCAUUCCCAUUCAUUUAUAGAAUUAUCAGACGCGAGCGUUUAUUUUAUAAUAAAAUUAAGGGCCUCUAAAUUAGUUCCUUAAUUAAAAAUUAUAAAUAAAAUGGAAGUAGAAUUUAGUAAAGAAAACUUUCUACUAUCUGAAAUUAAAUAUGAAUAUUUGGACCACACGGCUGAUGUACAGUUACACGCUUGGGGUUCUUCGUUACAAGAGGCCUUCGAGCAAUGUGGAAUGGCAAUGUUCGGAUAUAUGACUGACUUAGAUUACGUCUCCAUAGAGCAUUGCUUUCAACUGGAAGCCAAAGGUGAUGAUAUUGAGGGCUUGUUGUUCCACUUUUUGGAUGAAUUGCUUUUCCUCUUCUCCGCCGAACCUUUUCUUAUUUGCAAAAAAUUAGAAAUCACCAAAUUUGAUUUGGAAAACUAUGAGAUUGAAUGUCGUUGCUAUGGUGAGCCUUUCGAGAUUGGCAAACAUCCUCAAGGUACCGAGGUUAAAGCGAUUACGUACUCUGCAAUGCAAAUAGUGCAAGAACCCGAGCGAAGUCAUUAUGAAGUCUUUGUGAUAAUCGAUAUUUGAAAAUAGAAGAACAGAAUUUAUCGGAUCAUAGUAGUAUUUGUGAAAUUUGAAUAUACUUAUUCACACAUAACUAGAUAAGAGAGUUACUGACAGUUUAAACUGUUCAUAGUAUAUAUUUUUUAUACAUUAAAU